UCAUCGUUUUACGCGCUUCUGCUAAAUCAAAAAUGAAUGGACUACAGGAAAAAUGGGAAACUUUUAUGGAUCACUACGACGAAUUUGUCAACAACAAAUGCUUCUUUUGGCCAGUUUGGGCUUUGCUAGCAGGGAUUGGUGUGCUUGCGCUUUUCUUUUUCAUUUUUCUCUUCAAUUGUUGCAUUGCUUGUUGUUGCAUGAAGAAACGAGAGGAAAAGAAGCCUGAAGUAACGGUGGAGAGCCCGAGGACAAUUACAAAAAUUGUAUAUGUCCCAACACCAGCAUCUCCGCCAUCAAAGACUUCAUCUUCACUAAGGAGGAGUUGGCGGAAACCUUCUCCACCAGCACCAUCACCUCCUCCGCCGCCGCCACCACCUCCUCCGCCUCCACCAGCUCCUGAGAAAAAAGAUAAAGUUGACAAAAUGCUGUCACUUAUGUUGCUGAAGAUGCUGAAGUCAACUCGUCGUAAAAAGGAAGAGAUGGAAAAACAGAAGGAGCAGCCUCAACCACCGUAUCCUGUUCAGCCGACGCCUUAUCCUGUUCUUCAGCAAACGCCGCCAUAUCCUAUUCAACAGCCGUCUGAUCCGCUUCCACCACAGCUGCUUCCUGAGCCACCACCUCCUCAGAUGACAAUGCCACAGCCGACGCUUCCACCUCCUCAAGAGACAACACCGCCGCCUCCUCCUCCGCCAAUAUCUCCGGAACCUCCUCCACCACCACCUCCAACACCAGUGUCGGCGGAGACGGAUUCAAAACCUAAUUCGCCACACAUUCAAAUUUUGCCAGUAAUGAUGGUUGGAGACAAAAGCGAAAAGGAGGAAACGGAGUCGAGUAAGAAGGAUAAGAAGAGUGAGAAAAAAUCGAAGAGGAAGAAGAAAAGAAGUGGGAAGAAGUCUUCCAAAAAGGAAAAAGACGCGACUGCCUCAACAGGAAGUGAAAGAAGCGGUUCUACAGUGGAAUCGAAGGACGGAAAGGGUGAUACGAUCUAUCAGGCAAGUUCGAUUGGGAAAUAUGCCAGCUUUGCCAAAGUUUGAGUUCCUAACCGGCGCUAGCAGCAGCAAAGAAGGAUCAUCUAGUGCAACAUCCACCCGAGGGACAACGAAAGAUGACGAUAGUGAUGAUGAAGAUAGUAGC